AUGUCCGAACGACGUCGUGCCGAGAUUGACGAGAAGCGUGCCAAACUCGCAGAGCUAAGGCGCGCCCGUGAGGAGCGGCAACGUCUUCUCGCUCAGGCUGAGAAGGGUACCGACUCUCCUCUCCUGUCCUCACGUAAAGAUGUCAACGACCUAGUGGACUCGCUCCUGUCCCCCUCCCAGCGCCCCACAUCACCUUACAGCGCUGGCGCCAGCGCGGCAGGCGGACCCUCCCGCGUGGCCAGCACGGGCAUCAGCGCCGUCGGCUCUGCAACUGGAACGGCGAGUGGCCGCAUGUCCCCUGCUGCGACCGGGGGCGCACCUUCCGCCCCAGGUACGCCUGGGCGCGCGGCGAGCCGUCUGAGCGAGGCCAGUGGCGCUGAGAGGAGGAUGCUUUCUCAAAGCGUCGGCAUGGGUUAUGCAGAUGAGCCGGUCCCUGCGGUCCAAAUUGAUUAUGUGGACCACUACACUGAGGUUUACGACAUUCCCUCCAAGAAACCCGAGACAUACUCCAAGAGCGUGCAGACGACCAUGGUCUCGGCUGGCACGUCGCCUGAUCCCGAGAGCGACGACGACUUUGGCCGGCGGCGCGGUGGCGGUUCCGGCCGUGAAACUGAGGACGAGCUGCGUGCGCGUAUCGUUGCGGAGCUGGAUGAGGAGCGUCGCUCCCUCGAGCGCGAACUCAAGGAGCUCAAGGAGAAGACGGACAGCUUGCAGCUUCAGGUCCUGCCUGAUGACCAGAGGCAAGCCAUCUUUGCUGCUCCCGAUUUCAACGCCUUCAUCGAGGGCUCGGCGCGUAUUGUUCAGCGCGCGUUGAGUGAUGGCUACGACUACAUCAAGGACUACACCAUUGGUGUCGAGGGAGGCUACGACGACGGCGAGGGCCAAAAAGUCAAGCUCGUGUGCGCGUUCUCGGACGAGCGGUGGACGAAUGGCCGCAGCGUGACGGACCUGGACUGGUCACCCAAGUUUCCCGAACUCGCCGUCGCGUCUUACAACCGCAACCCAUCUGCCCCCAACGACCCGGACGGCAUUGUUGCCGUGUGGAACUUGCACCUCCUGGAGCGACCCGAGUUUGUCUUCCACUCGCCCUCGGACAUCUUAUCGGUCACAUUCUCCCCCUUCCACCCUACUCUGAUCUUUGGUGGCAGUUACUCUGGCCAGGUGUUACUGUGGGACACGCGUGCCAAGCACCUCCCCGUCCUCAAGACACCGCUGUCGGCCUCGGGCCACACGUACCCGAUCUACGCAAUGAAGAUGGUUGGUACCCAAAACGCCAAUUCACUCAUCACGUCCUCGACCGACGGACUCGUCUGCUCGUGGCAGACGGACAUGCUUAGCCAGCCGCAAGAGGCCCUCCUUCUCACAAUUCCUGGUACGCACAACAAGACCGACGAAGUGUCGAUCGCGUGUCUCGACUUUGCCGAGAAUGAGACUGCGACGUUCUGGGUCGGUACGGAGGAAGGCUCCAUCUACCAGGCGAACAGGUACGACCGUGCCAGCGCCAAGGCAGGCCUGAACCCCGACGACGUGUAUCGUGGCCACGCGGGACCCGUGACGGGCAUCAACUUCCACCCGGCCUCUGGAUCCAUCGAUUUCUCCGAUCUCUUCCUCACCUCCAGUGUCGACUGGACUGUCAAGCUCUGGCGCGCCAAGGGUGCCUCGGGCAAGACGGCCCACGGUCACGGUAGCAGCACUGCCGGGGCUGCUGCAGCCGCCGCCGCCGCCUCGGGAAGCAGCAUCGCCCCCGUCCACUCGUUCGAAGAGGCCGACGACUAUGUCUUUGACGUGAAAUGGCACCCUGCCCACCCUGCCAUCUUUGGCACUGCGGACGGCACGGGCAAGUUUGACCUGUGGAACCUCAACGCCGACGUCGAGGUGCCCCUCGUCUCCACGCAGGUCUGCUCGCGCGCCCUCAACAAGCUCGCCUGGGACCGGACCGCUGUCCCGCGUAAAGUUGGACUGGGAGGCAGCGACGGUACGCUGUACGUCUACGAUGUGGCGGAGAAGGUGGUGCAGCCGAGGGAGAACGAGUGGGGCGACCUUCAGAAGAAUGUGCAGAGCCUGGUCGCCAACCGUGAUUCCGGUGGUGGUCUGUCUUCUGCGCCUCUCCCGGAGACCAACGCCCGUUAUCGUUAG